AUGGCCAAUGUCAAACUCAUCUGGGGCGGAGGCUCGAUCAUAGACGAGGACGCAUACCCAACUCUCGAGUCCAUCAACGAAGUUCUCGAUAUCUUGAAGGCCAAAGGAAUCAAGAGUAUUGAUACAGCUAGGAUUUAUGGCACCUCCGAGGAGCGUUUGGGAAAAGUCCACGCUGACUCCCGUUUCGCUAUCGAUUCAAAACUUCCCGGCGGAUUUCGACCUGAUCAGCCAUCCACCCCGGACACUGUUGUAUCGUUUCUAAAUGAAACAUUGACCCUUCUUCAAACCGACCAACUUGAUAUUUACUAUAUCCACGCCCCCGAUCGGACAACUUCGCUCGAAGAUUUACUGGCUACUAUCAACGCCCAGCACCAGGCCGGGAAAUUCAAGCGCUUUGGCCUGUCCAACUAUCUGGCCGACGAGAUCGAAGAAGUCAUCCGCAUCUGUCGCGAGAAGAACUAUGUUCUGCCUACCGUGUACCAAGGCAAUUACUCCGCCAUUGCACGCCGGGUAGAGAGUGAGAUCUUCCCCACACUACGCAAGCACAACAUCUCUUUCUACGCCUACUCACCUAUUGGUGGAGGUUUCCUGACCAAAGAUGUGGAGAAGUUGGUCUCUGGCGGCGAGGGUCGAUGGGAUCCAAGCACGCCGCUAGGAAGCCUCUAUAACAAGCUUUACAAUAAGCCACACAUGCUUGAGGGCUUGAAGCUUUGGGGAAAUAUCGCGAAGACGACCGGAAUCUCGAAGGUUGAACUGGCGUAUCGGUGGGUGGCGCACAACUCUGUUCUUAAGGGGGAGCUGGGCGAUGGCUUGAUCUUCGGCUCGCGCACUGUUGAACAGCUUAAUCAGACUCUUGCGGCUCUUGAUAAUGGUCCUUUGGAUGCGGAUGUUGCAGAGCAAAUCGAGAAGGUGUGGACGCUUGUGGAGCCUGAUGCGCCGCUUGAUAACUACAACGCGUUCUUUCCUCGGUCUGAGAACUAG